AUGGCACCACCGCCUCAGCCCGAAGAAAUGAGGCUAUCGCCUCUCACCCUCGCAUUUUUUGUACACGCCAGCUUAGCAGUCCUCAUUUAUGGUAUUGGAUCGAAGAAAAAGAAGAAGAAGAAUCGAAAGAUCAGUGGGGAGCUUGCCUGCCUUGCUGCUUACAAAUACGCCUCCGGAACCUGCCGCCUUAAUCAUCUUGAUGACAUGACUCUAAGGUCUCGAUUUAAUGCCUUAGCUCAAGUCAAUGAGGAGUUGGGGAAUAAUGCAGCAGAUUUCAGGCUCAGUAAUAUUCAGAUCAAUAGUAGACCAGCUAAUCAUGUUCAUGAGAAAGUGGAGUUGGGCCCCAAGGUCUGGACUAAGUCCACUAAAUCUGUGGAGAGAAAUGCUUGGAAUAAUAUUUCUAAUCUUAAUAUGAAAGUGACUUCUAGAGAUGAUAACAAUUCAAGGAAAUCUAUCUCAGUUUUAAAGGAUACCAUUGGUGCUUCAAAGGGAAAGGGGAAGAUUAUACUUAGUGGAAGAACGGUUGGGGCUACUAACUCCGUCCCAACGCAAAUUAAUAAUUGGGAUGAUCACUAUGAGCCCGAGGGAGAAAACGGUGAGUUAACUAUUUCUGCUCCUGCUAAUCUGGCUAUGAAUGAAAGCAUGGACCUAUCUGAAGGUCAUGACAAUCCUCUAGUAGAAAAGUGA